AUAGCGCAUGCGCGCAGAAGAGCGCCUGCUGGCCCGGACGGGGUAUGAUUCAAGAUGGCAGCGCCCUGCGCUUUCGAGCUGUGGCUGGAGAAACGUCUGGAAGCGCUGGGUCUAGAUGCGGACGUGUACGGUGGAUACAUACGAGGCGUCUUGCGGGAGGCGGAGUGUGACGCAGAGCGGCUGGAAGGGCUGAUGGGGGCUUUGGCAGCGGGGGAAUCGGAUGAAGAAAUUCUACAAGAAGUUUGCAAGGAAAUAGUUGAAAGGUGGUCAGAGACCCAAAAUACUGGAACAAAUGAAAAAAAAGAAGAUGAAGUCCAAGCUAUUACUAACAUUAUUGAAAAACAGGCACAAAUUGUGAUGAAGCCCAAGGAGGUAUCAAAGGAAGAGACACUACAAAAAGCUGCCCUCCUGGCACAGUAUGCUGAGGUGACAGAUGAGGAAGAUGAAAUAGAUGCGCAAGAUGACCGUGGAGCAGCAGCAGUGACUGCCACCUCUGAAAAAUCUUUGUUCAAAAACACAAACCUAGAAGAUGUUAUCAAUGCUCGGAAGCUGGAGAGGGAGCAUCUGCGUGAUGAGUCACAGCGGAAGAAGGAGCAAGACAAGCUUCAGCGGGAGAAGGACAAGUUAACUAAGCAAGAACGUAAGGAGAAAGAAAAGAAGAGAACACAGAAAGGCGAGAGGAAACGAUAGUUGGGAACAACUAUAGGACUUUUUUCCUCUCUUCUCUUCCCCUUCCCCCUGCAGAGACAAUUUACGCACAUUAUACUCAGCAGAAGGCAUCCCUUUUUGAACACUUCAGGAGUUGUUUUUAAAUCAGCAACAACUCCUAGGCAAAGGUUUCCAGGGGAUUGCAUUCAAGCCCACUUGAAGCAGUGAACGAAAAUUGUGUAUACACAUCUUCUUGCCCAACUGUUGGGCUGAGUGGUGCCCGAUCCCUGUAAUGAAAUAACUAUAUGGUGGUUUCUUCUUGUUGUCACUUUAUUAAUCACAUAAGGGUAAACUAAAAUUGAGGAAGAGUAUCUAAAAUUCCUCUGCAUAUUCACUAAAGGUUGCUUUUGGUUGGUGAAACUGAACAAAAUGCAGUUACCCAUAUAUCUAAGCCAAGGAAGGUUAAUACCCUUAGCCAGUACCCUGCUUAACUUCACUUUAAUGAUUUGCAACUGAAAGUGCUCCAAAGUUAUUUCUCCUGGUUGGAGGUUGGUUAGUGUAAUUUCAAUAAGGCUGUAUUAUUGGCAUUUAAGUAAAGUUCCAUGAAUUUAA